UUUCAGAGUCAACAUUGAAUCUAUCACUUGCAAUUGGAUUCGAUUCUUAUUCGUAGAAAAUGCGACAGCGGCCAGGAAAUUCGCCGGCGAAACCGAAGCCGUCGACGAGAGAUGAAGCAGUUGGUGGACCUAAAAGAACGGCUGAUGAAGGAGUGGAAUCUACGACUACUAGUACUGUUAGUCGCACAGUGAUAGCUAAGAGGUCAGGGUUCUCGUGGCUGUUUAUGUUCGUGGCGUUCGUAUACGGAUCAUGGGCAGUUUACCAGUACCAGUAUCAGAAUCUGCCGGUGCCACUUACGGCGGAGCAGGCUGGAAAGAGGGGUUUCUCGGAGGUUGAGGCUAUGAAGCAUGUCAAGGUCCUCACUGAAUUGGGUCCGCACCCUGUUGGUUCCGAUGCCCUUGACCGAGCAUUGCAGUAUGUUUUGUCAGCAGCUGAAAAUAUCAGGAAAACUGCUCACUGGGAGGUUGAAGUUGAAGUGGAUUUUUUCCAUUCAAAAUCUGGUGCCAAUCGAAUGGUUGGUGGGCUCUUCAAGGGGAAAACACUUGUUUAUUCUGAUCUAAAACACAUCAUAUUGAGAAUUUCACCCAAAUAUACUCCUGGCGCAGAAGAGAAUGCUAUUCUGGUCUCUUCUCAUAUCGAUACUGUUUCCUCAGCGGAAGGGGCUGGAGAUUGCAGUUCCUGUGUAGCUGUCAUGUUGGAACUUGCACGAGGGGUUUCUCAGUGGGCUCAUGGAUUUAAGAAUGCAGUUAUAUUUUUAUUAAAUACUGGAGAGGAGGAGGGUCUAAAUGGUGCUCAUAGCUUCAUAACUCAGCAUCCUUGGAAUACAACUGUUCGUGUGGCCAUCGACUUGGAGGCCAUGGGUGUUGGAGGGAAGUCAGUUAUAUUUCAGGCUGGUCCUCAUCCAUGGGCGAUUGAAAACUUUGCAUUGGCAGCAAAAUACCCAUCUGGUCAAAUCGUAGCUCAGGAUAUCUUUUCUUCUGGCGUCAUUAAAUCGGCGACAGAUUUUCAAAUAUACAAGGAGCUUGCUGGUCUUUCAGGGCUUGACUUUGCGUUCAUGGAUAAUGGCGCUGUAUAUCACACAAAGAAUGACAAAUUAGAGCUUCUAACGCCAGGAUCUCUUCAACAUCUUGGAGAGAAUAUGCUAGCUUUUCUGCUUCAGAUUGCUCCAUCAUCUCAUCUUCCAGUGGACAAGUCAAUGAGGGAAGAAGAAACUGGCCACAAUGCUGCUGUUUUCUUUGACAUUUUGGGAACAUAUAUGAUUGUAUACAAUCAUCGUUAUGCGAAUAUGCUUCAUAACUCUGUGAUCUUGCAAUCACUUUUGAUAUGGACCACAUCACUCCUUAUGGGUGGUUAUCCAGCAGCAAUUUCAUUGGCCUUGUCAUGCUUGAGUGCUAUCCUUAUGUGGAUAUGUUCAAUAAGUUUCUCUGCUCUUGUUGCAAUUAUUCUUCCACUUAUAACUUCCUCUCCAGUUCCUUAUGUUGCAAGCCCUUGGCUUGUAGUUGGGCUAUUUGCUGCACCUGCCCUGCUUGGGGCACUGACUGGUCAACAUUUGGGUUAUUUUAUUCUUCAAACAUAUCUGUCAAAGGCAUAUUCUAAGAGAAAGCAACUUCCAUCUGCUAUUCAAGCUGAGUUGAUCAAGGCAGAGGCUGAAAGAUGGCUCUUUAAAGCUGGUUUUCUUCAGUGGUUCAUUCUUUUGAUCUUGGGAAGCUAUUAUAAGUUCGGAUCAUCUUACAUGGCUCUUGUUUGGCUAGUUUCACCGGCAUUUGCAUAUGGCAUGCUUGAAGCAACUUUGACACCAGUUCGGUUGCCCAGGCCACUCAAACUUGCAACCCUGCUGAUAGGAUUGGCUAUACCAAUUUUGGUUUCUGCUGGCACAUUUAUUCAGUUGACUGGCACAGUAAUCGGCAUUGUGGUUCGAUUUGAUAGGAAUCCGGGUGGCAGCCCCCAGUGGCUAGGGAAUGUUAUAGUUGCCACUUUUAUCGCUGUUCUCAUAUGCCUGACGAUGGUCUACCUUCUUUCAUAUGUUCAUCUUUCAGGUGCAAAACGAUUUGUUAUCCUGGUGACUUUUGUUUUGUUUGGCCUUUCACUUGCUGUGGUAUUAUCUGGUGUCGUUCCACCAUUUUCCGAAGGCACAGCGAGAGCUGUAAAUGUUGUGCACGUUGUGGAUGCUACGGGAAGAUCUAGUGGAACGGAAGAUCCUGCCUCAUAUAUUUCUCUAUUUUCUACAACUGCCGGACAUUUGAUGGAAGAGGUUGAUCAGAUUGCUGAAGGCUUCAUAUGUGGUACAGGCAAAGUUGUUGAUUUUAUCACAUUCUCGGUGAAAUAUGGUUGUUGGGCAAAUGAUUCCACUGAGCAAGGAUGGAGCAAAUCAGAUAUUCCGACGAUGAAUGUCGAUGAUGACACCGCAGAGGAUAGACGAACCACACGAGUUUCUUUUGAUACAAAAGCUUCCAUACGAUGGUCUCUUGCUAUUAACACUGAUGAAAUAGAGGAUUUCAUACUCAAAGGAAAUGAGGACGAUUUGAUUCCAUUGGGCGACAAAAGCAGCAUAGAUGGAUGGCAUAUUAUACAGUUUUCCGGAGGGAAGAAUGCACCCACUAAGUUUGAACUGAAGCUUUUCUGGGGGGAGAAGUCUCAUCAGACGGCGCAAAAUGCACAUGCACAGGGAGAGGACCGGCGUCCCCUAUUAAAGCUAAGAACAGAUGUUGACAGAGUAACUCCAAAAACUGAAAGAGUACUCAAGAGCCUUCCGGCUUGGUGUUCCUUGUUCGGGAAGUCCACCUCUCCUAACACCUUGGCCUUUUUAACUAGUCUUCCUGUAAAUUUUUCUAGGUAAUUUGAAUACAUAGUUUUGAAAAGCAUUUAUACAUAUCAUCUGACAAAAACCGCGAUGAUAACUCGUCAAAAAAAGAUGUUAAUCUUGGCUCCAUUGUAUCUUUACUGGGAUUAGGAUGCUAAAAUUAUUUUGGUUAUGUUGUUUUAUUUGAAGGAACAUUGAGUUGUAUUUCAACAAUGAAAUUGCUUUUAAUUUUAACCA